AUGGCUUCAGAAUCAACAGCAUUACCCUGCUCUUCCAAUUCAGACCAGGAUAUGCAUACAGAGGCUUCUCAACAGCAGCAUAUAAAUAUAAAGACCUCCACUCACACUGAUGAUACAUUGAAACGAGAAUUGUUGGAUGUUCAUGAAGUGACUCCAGUAGGGACUCUUCCAAUUCAGCCGAACCUCCUCAAAGUUCGCCCAGCUACUUUCCGUUCCAACAUAUCUACAGAUUUGAUGAGCAGAUUGUCAAGUUUCCUACCUGCCAUGCAGUCAUCGAAUGAAAAGCUAUUCUCACAACUGGAGCGAGGUGAUCUAUCCAGGGAUGAUGUGAAUAUUGAGUAUAUCAAACCAAAAGAAGAGAAACUUAUUGAAAUGAAUCUGGAUCUUGGUGUACUUGAUAUACUUCCAUCGUCUGAGAUCCCGGAAGAUAAAUACGUAUAUAUUAAUCCGACUAAAGCUUCAGACUUGGAUUCAAGUUUACAGGAUCAUGAACAAACCAAAGUCGAGGAUGUCACAAAAAGAUUGCUAAUUGAGGAUAUAUCUGGACACAGCUGUAGCAAUCUACAGUCUUAG